AAAAGAAGAAGAAGAAGACAGAACAGUGUAGGCUUUUCUGGUGAAGUGGAAUCAUUUUAUAACGCAGUUUAUACACACCUCAAGUUUUCUCUUCCUUCACCUUUUUAUUCCUCUCUCUCUCUCUUUCGCGCUUCUGGCUCGGGGAAAAAGAUGUCGCGCAGUUGCUCUCAGUGUGGAAACAACGGCCACAACUCUCGUACGUGUCCGACGGAAACAUCCCCUGGCGGCGGAGGAGAGAAAGGAAUAAUGCUUUUCGGCGUCCGCGUAACGAAAGCUUCGUCGUCUUCUUCUUUCAGAAAAAGCGUCAGUAUGAACAACCUAUCUCAAUUCGAUCACGCCGCUCACGACUCAAACCCUGUGGACGACGGUGGCUACGCGUCAGACGACGUCGUUCACGCCUCCGUCAUAAACCGCGAGCGCAAGCGAGGGACUCCAUGGACGGAGGAAGAGCAUAGAUUAUUCCUCACGGGGCUGCAUAGAGUAGGCAAAGGAGAUUGGAGAGGGAUAUCUAGAAACUUCGUGAAAACACGGACACCGACUCAGGUGGCGAGCCACGCUCAGAAGUAUUUCCUCCGCCGUACAAACCAUAAUCGCCGCCGCCGUAGAUUCAGCCUCUUUGACAUCACUCCCGACACUCAAACAGAAGAGAGGACGCCACUGGGGGGGAUUCCUCCGGUUCAUCCGUCGCGUAAGAUGGCUGAUCUGAAUCUCAGCCACAAAACAGCGGCGGCGCCGGAGAUGUUUGCGUUGUCGCUGGAACUACCGAUGCAGUCUUCUUCAUCGUAUUCAUAUUCCAAUGAACAGAAGACACGUGAGCGGUCACGUUCCUCGGUCUUCGAGACCAUGUCGAGUAAUGGAGAUAGUAUAAUGGGAGUUGCUUGAUGUAAGAACAAAAAGCUUUGUUUGGUUAUUAUUAUUAUAAGAUAAGAUUUGAUUA